AGGAAAAAAUAUAGAGCAUUGAACAAUUUUUGUGGCCCCAUGUAAUUACAGCAAUUAGGUCUGCUUAGAAUGAGCACAAUCUCAUAAUUUAUAUAAACUGUAAACUUAAAGCGAAAUGUCAGUGAGGUAAUUGUUUUUAAAAAGGCGAUUUAUUUAUUUUCUAUCUAGGCACGCAUGGGGCAACCGCGGUUUUCCACCGUGUUAGUUUGCGAGGCUUAAAUCAAAGAUGGCAGCGCAGAUGGCGGUAAAUUCGGCUGCUAGUCUGUGGGGGCCAUUCAAAGAGUUGUGGGACACGGUGAUUAAUGCCAUCUGGGGGAGGCAGCCCGAAGCUGUGCAUCUGCUGGACCUGAUCUUAAAGAAGCACAAACCUGACUUCAUCUCCCUCUUCAAGAACCCGCCCAAGAGCAGCGAGCAGAAGGAAAAGGUGAGGAAGGCGAGUACAGAUGGCAUUUCCGUCCAGGGCCACCAGGGGACCCGACUCCUCCCUGAGCAGCUCCUCUCCGAGGCCUUCAUCCUGAGCGACCUCUUCAACAUCGGAGAGCUGGCCGCGCUGGAGCUGCUGCUGGCAGGAGAGCACCAGCAGCCUCAUUUCCCUGGCCUCACUCGCGGUCUGGUUGCUGUCCUGCUCUACUGGGAUGGGAAGAGAUGCAUUGCUAACUCACUGCGAUCCCUGAUCCAGUCUCGCCGCGGCAAGACCUUCACUCUGGAGCUCAGUGCGGAGCUGGUCUCAAUAACGACCCGGUUCACAGACGACCUGAUGAAUCAAGGACUGACCCGGAAGAUUCUGACUCUGGUGUCUGAGAUCAGUGUCACCGCUGAGUUUGAGAAACUCCAGAAAGCAAGAGGGCUGGGCAAUGAGAAGCACAGGAAGGAGAUCUCUGAUUUGAUUAAAGAGAGCCGUCAGUCCCUGGCGGAAUGCCUCUUUUCCUGGACCUGCCAGUCCCCUCUCAGUAAGGACGACACGCUGUCUCUGAUUGGCUACCUGGAGAAUGUGACGGCUGAAGCGGACGGCUCAUUGGACGGUGUGAAUCUGGCCCUGGUCAUGGCUCUGCUCUAUUGUUUGGAUGUCAGUUUCCUGGAGCAAGGCACUGAAGACAGAGAAGACCUCAUUCAAGCCCUGCCCUUGCUGACCGAGAAGUCGUAUGUUGCUGCCAUUCACAACCGGCUCCUCGAUCCUCGGCCUUGGAAGCUGCCGGGCCUGCAGGCUGUGGUGAGGUUGGCGUGGGCCCUGGCUCUGCGUGCUCUCUCCCAGCUCCCACAGGGCUCAGCACUGGUGGAGUUCACUGAAGGAGAUGAAGCCCUGGCAGAUGCUGCGAUCACCCACAAUGCCUUUCUGUUCCUGACGGAGGCGAUGUUGGGCUCGGAAGGCUUUGGGCAGGAGGAGUUCUACACACGGCGGAUCCACUCGCUCCUCACAGACUUUCUGGCACUCAUGCCCAUGAAGGUGAAGCAGUUGAGGAAUCGGGCAGAGGAGGAUGCCAGGCUGGUGCAUAUGAGCAUGCAGAUGGGCAGUGAACCGCCGGCAGCCUUGCGCAGAGACCUGGAGCAGCUCAUGAUACUGAUUGGAGCGUUCUAUGGGAAGGACCCCUUCAAUCUGGAGUUGGCACUGGAGUACUGGUGCCCCUCAGAGUCUGUGCAUCACAGUUCCACCAUCACAGGGUCCUACCUGGGGGUGACCCACCAACGGCCCCCUCACAAACAGGUGGUCUUGUCUAAGUUUGUCAGGCAGAUGGGGGACCUGCUGCCCUCCACGCUGUACAUUCCCUAUCUGAGUAUGCUGAAAGGGCUGGCCAACGGACCCCAGUGUGCCCACUACUGCUUCAGUCUGCUCAAAGUCAACGGAGCACCGCACGUAGAGAAUAUCCAAGCGUCUGGAGGCAGCCCCGUGUCCUGGGAGCACUUCUUCCACUCUCUGAUGCUUUACCAUGAGAGUCUGCGACGGGACAUGCCUAGCGUGGACAUCUCUCAGUACCGCCACCCGUCACUGAGAGGCAUCACACAGAGGGAGCAGGACGGGCUUGUCUCCUUCCUGCAGCUCACUACCACCAUCAUUAAGUGGAGUGAGAACGCCCGGCUGGCGCUGUGUGAGCAUCCCCAGUGGACCCCUGUGGUUGUGAUGUUGGGUCUUCUGCAGUGCAGUAUCCCACCGGUUCUGAAGUCCGAACUCUUGGAGAGUCUGUCUGCCUUCGGAAAAUCUCCAGAGAUUGCGUCCUCUUUGUGGCAGUCUUUGGAGUACACACAGAUCCUGCAAACAGUCCGAGCCCCAGGACAGAGGCAGGCUGCAGGGAUUGAAGUGGAGUUGAAUGAGAUUGAGUCUCGUUGUGAGGAGUACCCGCUGACCCGCUCCUUCUGCCACCUGAUCAGCACGCUGGUGGAGAGCUCCUUCCCUACAAACCUGGGGGCAGGGCUCAGGCCGCCCGGGUUCGAACCUUACCUCCAGUUCCUCCGCGACGCUGUCUUUCUGCCUUUCCCUACUCGGGCCUACCGCCGCGCAGAGGAGAAGUGGGAGGUAGCUGAGGCUGUACUGGACGUGUUUCACAAGCUGUUGAAGGACUACGAGCCCCAGCCCAGUGAUUUUGUGGAGGAGAUGGUGGAGCUGCAGGGUGAGCUGGUGGUUGCUAACAAGUCCCCAGGUUACAGUGUGAUGUUCCACCUCCUGAACGACUCGCCGAUGUUCACGCUGUGUCUCAGUCUCCUGGAGGAAGGAGUGAAGCAGCUCGACACCUACGCCCCCUUCCCAGGUAAGAAGCACCUGGAGCGUGCAGUGCAGCUCUGUCUGUCUCUGCUGGACCUCACUCUGCAGAAGGAGACUCUCUUCAUGGACCUGCUGAGAGAGAGCCAGUCCUCCGUCAUUGUCACUCCACUGGAGCAGCUGCUGCAGGGGGUCAGUGCCCAGAGCAAGAAGGCCGACCAUGUCGUCAACAUUGCCAGGUACCUUUACCAUGGGAAUUCAAACCCUGAAGUAGCCUUUGAAAGUGCCAACAUCUUGCGCUGCAUCGCCCGCUAUCCCAACAUCCAAGCCAGGCUUGUCGGGGAUUUCACACACGACCAGUCGGUGAGUGAGAAGCUGAUGGCCGGGUUUGUGGAGUGUUUGGACAAUGAGGACGCAGAGGAGCUGGGGCAUGAGGGAGACGACUCGGAUCCAGAGAAGAGACUGGCUCGUAUCCGCCAUGAAACUCGAGUCCAUAUCCUGAACCUCCUCAUCACCUCCCUUGAGCUCAAGCACCCCAACCUGGCUCUCUACCUUCUGGGCUAUGAGGUGAAGAAGCCCGUCUCCACAACCAACCUGCAGGACCCCGGAGUGCUGGGCUGCCCACGGAGCUGUCUCCACGCAAUCCUGAGCCUGCUGGAGAAAGGGGCGCACAGCCGCUCCGGGCCUGUGUUGAUGCGAGAGGCACCCCAACUCGCUGAGCUCUGCUAUCAGGUGAUCUACCAGCUGUGUGCGUGCUCGGAUACCUCGGGGCCCACCAUGCGAUACCUGAGAACCAGUCAGGACUUCCUCUUCUCUCAGCUACAGCACCUGCCUUUCAAUAUUCAAGGCCAUGAGAUUUCUGCUCUGAACCAGAUGUCCUGGUUGAUGAAGACUGCUGCUAUAGAGCUGCGUCUGACGUCUCUGAACCGCCAGCGAUCGCACACUCAGCGUCUGCUGCAUCUCCUGCUGGACGACCAGCCCCACGGAGCGUACACUGGUGAGGGUGAGACUGGAGCAGAAGACGAAACUCGAUCUGUCAGUGGCUUCCUCCAUUUUGACACCGUUUCUAAAGUGCGACGGAAGAUCCUUAGUGUUCUGGACUCCAUUGAUUUCAGCCAGGAGGUCCCAGAUCUGCCACAGCUGGACUUCUUCGACCGGGCCCAGAUUGAGCAGGUCAUCUCAAACUGUGAGCACAGCACCGAGCAUGGCCAGACCGUGUGUAACAUCAAGCUGUUUCAUAGAGUCCUGGUUGCAGAAGUUAAUGCCCUGCAGGGAAUGGCAGCCAUUGGACAGCGGCCUUUACUGUUGGAGGAGGUGAACUCGAUCCUGCAGCACGUUGUGGAGCGGAACCGCAUGCGGCAGAGCCUGAGUGCCAAGCGGCACACCCUGCAGUCCUGGCGCAACCUGGUGGAGACGGUGCUCACUGCCUGCCCCCAGGACCUCAUCCCCACUGAGGACAGGCAGCUCAUCAUCAGGGACCUGCUUCUGGACCUGCACGACAAGGUCCUGUCUGAAGAUGCAGCUGCAGACCUGAUGCCAGUGGUAGCUGGUGCAGUUUUCACCCUCACUGCCCACCUCAGCCAGUCUGUGCGUACAGAGCAGCAGCAAAGGGUGCGUACAGAGGGGAUCACCACCUCAGGAUUUGCCUCCAUCACCAACUCUGCGCUGCACCUCAUCCUCAGGAAACUGUUGGACUUCAUCCUUUGUACUGGUGGAGGGUUCCAGCGGCUGCGUGCUCACCUCUAUGGAGCUCUGCUCUAUUACUUGCAGGUUGCACAGAAGCCAGAUGAACCAGAGACUCUGGAGACAGCUGAUAAGUCAAUGUGGGAGCGCCUCACAGCCCCAGAAGAUGCCUUUACCAAACUGCAGCGGGAGAACCUGGCCAUCAUUGAGAGUUACGGCACUGCGCUCAUGGAAGUGGUGUGCCGGGAUGCCUGCGAUGGGCACGAGAUUGGACGGAUGCUGGCUCUUGCUGUGCUAGACCGUAUCGUCUCCAUCGAUAAACAGUGUCACUGGCUGCUGUACAUGUCUAACAGCGGCUACCUCAGGGUCCUGGUGGAAAGCUUAAGGCAAGAGGACCUGGCCCUGCAGAGUCUGCUCAGCCCCCAGCCUCCACUACUUAAAGCCCUCUACAUCUAUGAGUCGAAAAUGGCACUUCUAAUGCGGGUUGCUAAAAACCCCCAGGGGGCAGCAGAGUUACUGCGCUGCGGGCUGGUUGUGCAGCUGGUGGAGUGCGAAGUGUAUGACAUGCGUCCAGAGACUGACUCUCACGGCAGGGUGUUUGGACAGAGGGACCCCUCGGGUUUUAUUCCAAAUCCACUCGAUCGCUACAGACAGAUCCUGCUCCCAGCGCUGCGCCUCUGCCAGGUCAUCCUCACCUCCAGUACUGCACAGCACCAGCAGGCUGCAGCACAGGUCUUGCAGUUCUUGAUUGUCCACUCUGACACAAUCCACUCCAUUCUGCGCUGCCAGGAGGUAACGGCCGGCUCCCUGCAGGAGCUGUCUCUCCUGACGGGCAUCAUCAGCAAAGCUGCACUACCAGGUGUUGUUGUGGACCUGGGCCAGGAUGUUAACAGUGGAUCCCUAAUCGAGUAUGAGGGGCACAUUAGCCGAUUCCAGCGCCAGUGCCUAUCCUUACUCAGUCGCUUUGCAGGAUCAGAGCGAAUGCGGCAGAUUAAGCUGGCUGAGCAAACAGCAACCCAGGGAGACUCUGCAGACCAGAGAGAGCUGAUGGAAGUCUCCAUCCAGCAGAUUUGUGCCAACGUGAUGGAGUACUGCCAGUCCCUGCUUCUCCAGAGCUCCCUUGAAUCCCAGUUCAGCGUGUGUCUCUUUAGCCCCACAAUGGCUGAACCAGCGAGCCAGGAUGGGCCCAGAGCGGAUGUCCAGAUGACAGGAGUCCCACACUCCCGCGUUCCCGGUAUGGGGCUCAUCAUUUACCUCCUCAAACAGACGGCAGCCGACUUCUUCCGCUUCUAUGAGAGCCACCGGCAGAGUGUCAGCAAGAUGCAGGGGGUGGAGCACCUUCCCCCAGACGAGGUCAAGGAGUUGUGUCAGUCCCUGGUCAGUCUCUCCUCUGGAGUGGAUAAGAUCUCCUCCUCUCAGCGCUACAUCCUGGCCAAGCGCCGUCUGGUGAAGAUUAUCAACAACCGGGCAAAACUGCUGUCGCUCUGCUCCUACAUCAUUGAGACCUGCCUGUUUGUGCUCUGGCGCCACCUGGAGUAUUACAUGCUUCACUGCACCCCUGUUGACACGCAGGACUCCCUCCUGAGUGUCCGACCCUCCUUCAGAAGCAGGCGUCCAGAGGAUUCCUUUGGAGUUUUUCCAGCCACUGAUGUGAGAAGUUCCGGGCUCUCUCGAGUAAGCCAACAGGACUUGGAUCAGUUGCAGAACGACAUGGAUUGCAGUUUUGGGGAAUCGCUUCAGAAGAAACUUCUAGAUGUGGAAGGGCUCUAUUGCCAGGUCCGCUCGCGAUACACAUUCAUUCAGGCACUGGUUAGACGCAUCCGGGGCCUUCUCAGAAACCCCAAGAGCUAACCUGCUGCCCUGCCCAUUGCCAGAAUGAACGACUGAGCGUAGAAGUAGCUCAGCUGCCUUUAUUUGUAUUGAAACUGGGGUGUGUCUUUUACAGCAAAAUAAUCCAUCAUUAUGACUUUCCUUUUUGUAUCUCUUUUUUGAACAGAUAGUAGAACAUUGUAAAAUAAGCCUCUUCCACCCCCCAAAAGUGAAGAUAUAUGUGACUUAAGAUUAAUUGUAUGUGGUUUUGAUGUGCGGAAUAUGUAUUAAAUACUAGAAAUAAAAACAGGGCGGAAUUCAUAAAAAUCUGUAAA